AUGUUCUGCCAAAGCUGCGGCCAACAAGUUUUAGAUGAAUAUUUGUACUGCUUUCAGUGUGGAACCAAGCUAGACACUGCUAUACCUUCUGUUAGGCUAUUAUUAUCAGCUGAAAACGUGACCGAGAAAGAAGCAAUAGAGGCUUACUUUUAUAGUGGGUUCAGUAACAGGGUUAUUCUACUCUUCCUUGACAAGUACCAUGACAUGCCUAUGUCUAUGUCAACAUUGAAAAGAAGGUUAUGUGAAUACAACCUUAAAAGGAAAAAAGUGGAUAUAAAUUUGCCUGCCGUUGAGAAAUUAAUCCGAGACGAGAUGGAUGGCCCAGGAGGCAUUUGUGGUUACAGAGCAGUUUGGCAUAUGCUUCGUAUAAAGUAUGGGCUGUUUGUCCCAAGGUAA